AUUCCCAAGACGCAGGGCGGGUCGUGAUGUCAAGCAUUCCCAACAGCACAUGAGAGAGUCCAGUGGGCGCUGCUGGGCUUCAGCCAGCCACGACGGACAGAGAAUCCGGUCGGUAUGUCUCCUGCCAAAUGCCAAAUGCCCACCUGCAGUGUUGCUUGACUCGUUUUGGGUUGUCGGAGCCAUCCCAUUGGGACCUUGACGAUCAGUCCGGCUGCAAGGGGGUUGUUGCGCAACCAUGGUUGCUUCCCUGUCAUAGGCCAGCCCGGGUGAUGUUCGGUCCUGCAGCCCUCCGGAGAUGGAAAUUGUGUUCAAGGGCUUCUGUCCACGAUGAUCGCUCUAAAUUCAACGGUAGAAGAUAUAGAUUAACUACAGAUCUGGCGGUUUCCCUGGGGCUCAAUCUUCCCCCUUGUCCUUCCCCAUCUUUGCCAAGAGUUUAUUUCAUCUUCGUCCCCUUGUCUCUCUGUGUCUCUGUACGUGUCUCUCUCACUCUGUGUGGGGGGUGGUGUUCCGUGCCCUUGCAGAUUCGCUCAGCCUUCCAAUCCCUAUCGGAGGAGAAUGAGGAAUGUGUCGGGUGUAUUUUCCGACGCCCCCGACCGAAAUAAAUAUGUAUGUAGGUGUCAGGCCCCAUCUUUCAUGAA